AUGCUGGAGUACUGCCUCGGGCUGACCCACAAUGGUGCGACAGACGGGUCGGACUCGUGUGACGACCUGACCGAUACCACGGCCGGGACUGACGGGGCCGGCCCGGUCUCGCCGAGGUGGGCAACCGGGCGGCGGCGGAGCUCGUCGCUCGGGGCCAAGAACGCGCCGUCGGGCCUCCGCCCGUCGACGGUCUCGGCCGAUGAGUCGUCAGGCUCGGCGGUCUCGGCGCAGGCCUUUGCGUUUGACGACGACGAUUUGCUGCAAGAGAUGGAGUCUGAGGCUGCAGCCACGUGCUCGUCCGACUCGUCGGGCGCGGACCUGCCCAAGUCUGUGCAGAAGCGGCUGAAGAAGGAGCGCGAAAAGGCCGAGAAGCUGGCGCGCAAGGAGGAGAAGCGCAAGCUCAAGGCGCAGCGCAAGCAGGAGAAGCAGUUGGAGAAGGCGCGCCGCUCUUCGCGCCGCUCGCUGCUCAAGGGCCUGGAAAAGGCGACCGAAAAGGUGGAGCACUCUCCGGAGAACAUGGCCACCUUUGCGCGCGUCUCUUGUGACGUGCUCACGUGCGGCGUCGCCGAGCUCUUCACCGCCUUUAACAACAUGAAGACCCGCAAGUACCUCUACGGCACGCUCUUUUCGUUCCUCUCGAAGAACACGGUUGAUGCCACACAGACAUCCUACUUUACCCGCAUCGUGUACGCACUGCUGCAGUGGCGGACGCCGCAGACCCUGGUGUUUAUGAAGCAGCAUCCGCGGUUUGUUGAGCGGGUCGUCCACCACAUCGAGGCUCCUGGCAUGGUCGACCUGCUUCUGGUCAUCGCCAAGUGUGGCAACACGUCGGGCACUCUCGACUGGCUUGCAGACUGCCACCUCGUCCCGCGGCUGCUCGAGCUGCUGGAACCGGCCUACGCCGAUCGGGUCUGUGUCACGCUCCGCAAGCCGGCAACCGCAUCGGCGCUCGGCAGCUCGGCAUCGGCAUCUGGUGAGCUUGCAGCUACCGACAAGUCCGCAGCCGCUAGCACCUCGUUCACAUCACCGUCGGGUGAGGUAACGGUCAAGACCUUUCCCGCCGACGUCGAGCUCAAGGACGUGCUCGCCGCCUUUGACAUUCUCUCUGGCUACGCCGUCGAUCAGGUCGCCGAGUCUGCUGUUUACACCGACGGCCCGCUCCCGGUUGGCCCGUACGUGGUCAUCCCGGGCGCGGCGCCGGUCGAGCAGACAGGCGAGAAGCCGACACUCCCGGCAGCAGCCUCGCGCCGGGCGCGGCUCUCGUCGCUCAACCUGGACCUCGACUUUGACAUGCGCAAGCUGGAGCGGGUGCAGGGUAACCGAGCGCGCGCCGAUGCCAUGGACGAGAACGCGCUCUCCAUGAUGCACACCAACGUGGCUCGGGUCCUUAUUGGGCUGGUUCAGCUGCUUGAAUCGUCCCCCGACGACGGCGACUCGAUGCUGGCCACCUCGCUCCACGACCCGUCCAUUGGCCGCCUUCUCCUCACCAACAUUUUCUGGGGCGCCUACCUCGGUGGCGAGUCGCUCUCGGCCUUUACUUACGGCCUCCACGUGCUCACGGUUCUCCUUAACCAACUUGUGGCCAACCUCGACUCGAUCUACGUCGCCGCACCGGCAGACACCGGGCCGGCAGGCGGGGCCAGCCACGGCCGGGGCGAAGCCGGAUCGGCGCGAGACAAGGCCAAGAGCAAGGCCAAGGGCAAGGGCAAGAGCCGCAAGGCCAAAGGUCGCAAGGUCCACGGCAGCGACGGAGCUGAUGACGCCAGCACUGGAUUGGACUCGUCGUCAGCCUCGGGUCUCGACUCAUCGUCUCCCGAGGCCUGCUCGUCGGACGCCGGCGGGCUGGUCACCACGCUGCGGUCGGCGACGACGUCUGACGACGGCGACGCAAGCUCCGGCUCGGACGCCCAGUUUUUCCCGCCGGGUCUCGAGGUGCUCGCCUUGGUCGAGUCCAGCACCCUGCGGUCGCGCGAGGAGCUCACGCCGCUUCUGCGGGCCAUCCACGACAUGCUUGACGACUUUUUCAUUCUGCUGCUGCGGACCGAGACGCUUGCGGCGCUGGAGACGACAACUGGGCUCCUGGAUCCGCCGCUAGGCUCGACUCGGCUCAAGGUGGUGCGGUUCUUCUGCCGGCUCCUCCACACCCGGGCGCCGCUCAUCGAGUUUGAGAUCAUGCGCCGCGGCAUUCUCAACGAGUGCGUCGAGCUCUUCUUCCACUACGAAUGGAACAACUUUCUGCAUCUGACUGUGUCCGAGAUGGUGCUCUGCGUCUUGCAGUCGCCGUCGGAGCCGAUUGUCCAAGCCCUGCUCACCUUUACCAAGCUGCACACUCGGCUACUCGAUGCUGUCGAUGGCAACGCCGCCGACCAGGCCCAGCCACUCGGGUGUCGCCGUGGUUACAUGGGCCAUGUCACCCUCAUUGCGCUGCACCUCUCGCACGCACUUCCACUUGCGGACAUGCUCCGCGAGUGCGACCGCUGGAUGGCGUAUGUCGACGGCGAGCUGCAGUCAACGUCUGACGUCAACACCAACAGCAUCUUUGGUGUCGAGUACGAGUCGCUCAAGUCCAAGCGCCAGCUCAUUCUCGAGGGCAAGCUCUCGCCUGCUCAGGCGGCGGCGCAGGUCGAGGCUGAGCGCAACCUCCGCGAAGAGUCGGACAGACAGACUGCAGCUGCAGCUGCGGUUGCUGCUGCUCCGGCAGACACGUCGGGCAAGGACGCGGCUCCGGCCGCCAAGGCCGGCGCGGGCGAGGCGGCGGGCGAUGACACCGGCACGCCGACAGCCGCCGAUGCUGCCGCCACGUUCUCGACCCUCAUUCCGCCGCCGGAGGAUGCGCCACCGCCGCCGGUCCCGACGCCAACCGACCCCGCAGCUGCGGGGUCGGAGAGUGCUCCCGGCGCCGACAGGGCGGGUGCUGCCGACGGCGAGAAUGCUGCUUCCAGCAGCACCGCGGCCGCGACUGCGGCCGCGGGAGCCGUGGUAGCUGCAGGAGCAGCGGCCGCUGGCAAGGACGGCGACGAUGAUGCUGGAGCGUCGUCGUCGGGAUCGACGUCGGAGGCUGCAGACCUCUCUGCUGGCGGCGGUGCUGGCGAGAGCAGCGGGCGGACCGGCGAAGCGGACGGCGGCGUCGACGGCGGUGAGGUUGCGGCUGACGACGCGGCGGCCGAGACAUCGGCCAUUCUCGACUCUGAGUCUGACGCGUCGGUGAUGCUUGUCAACAAGAAGAACGACAUCUAUGGCGAUACGGCACUGCACGUGGCCGCGGCAACCCGCAAGGUCGGGGUGGUGGACCUGCUUGUGGCACGCGGAAUGGACGUCAACGCAACGAACAACUCGGGCUACACGCCUCUCAACCGGGCCUGCUGCAUCUCGCAGGUCCUGCUCAAGGACAUGGACUCGCGCAACGAGCUGCAGCAGGUGGUGCGGCUGUUGCUGGAGCACGGUGCCGAUCCGGAGCGUCCCAACCGCAAGCAGCAGACGCCGCUCGACCGCGCGGCACACUACGGACACAAGGACGUGGUGCAGACGUUGCUCGAGGCGCAGCCGGCGACGGCGGUGAACACCAAGGACAUGAUGGGCAUUUCGCCGCUCUACCGCGCGCUCAACAACGAGCGAACCGACAUUGCCGGGCUCCUGUUCUCGGCCAUGGGCGGCAUCGGCUCGCCUCUGCCGUCGGGCCUGGUGGCGUUGCUCGACGAUCCCGACCACCGGUCGAUGCUGGCGGUUGAUGUGCGCCCGCUGCUGGCAGUCGGUGCGUAUGUCGAGCUUAACAACAAGGGCAUCACGCUGGCGUCGCUCCGCGAGCGCGGGCUGCUCACCCGCGCCGCCGACGUCUCGGCGCUCAUUUACGGGCCCGACGGCGCCGGUGGCGGACUCUCGGCCAUCGAGAUCAAACGGGUGCUGGCGGCGGUAGACGCCGCACUGGCGCCCGAGGAGCUUGCUAAGGUGCCCGCCGAGGCUGUCGAGGCGGCGCGUGGCGAGAUGAUGGCGCUGCGCGACGUGGUGGCCCUCGCGGCGACCCAGUGCGCGGCGGCGGACAUGGUGGUGGCCAUGUCGCAGGUCGCCGACGUUGGCGAGCUGCACGUCUCGCUCCCGCCCGCCGUCGCAUCCACAUUCCAGGCGCCCGACAUCGGUCUGAAGGCCGAGGCUGUGGCUCAGACUGACGCACUCCGGCUGGCGGUCCUCGCGCACUUUGCGGCGGCACACCACGGCAUCGCGGCCAUCCCGCCGGGCUUUAUCGAGCGCGCGCAAGAGGCGUCGUCCAAGUCGGCGUCGUCCAAGUUCAAGCGGCCACGCGGCGUGACCCAUCCGCCGGUCCGAGCCCUCGACUCAUCGUCAGACUCUGACGGCGAGAGCGGAAGUGGGAGCGGCGGCGUCCGCACUGGCAACGGGCGCCGGGCGUCGACGCUCGACUCGUCGGACUCGGAGCUGUCGGACUCGACCGACAGUGAGUCUUCGUCGGACAGCAGCGCAUAGCGCUCGCGUGUGUUUGGUAAAGGCACUCGCUUUGCAAAAGA